AUGAUAGCAGGCAGCAGCUGUGUUUGGACACAAGAAGGCUUUACCCUUGGAUCCCAGAGGGUGCCGAGCAAGCUGGCCAAACCUCGAGAGAUCUCGGGGAGCAGCAGCAGCUGUAUCCCCACUGUCUGGGCAAACAGUGAUGCUGAUGAACACCUGGCUAUAAAGGGCUGCGUGUCUCCUCUCCCUUCCGUGACCCACGAGAAGCCGUUAUUCCUCCCAAUCUCUGGACGGCAGACGCAUCCAGGAACUAGGAGGAUGGUGGCAGCAGCCAGACUCGCCCUCCUGCUGCUGGGCUACGUGGGGCUCCUGCAGCCAGCUGAUGCUGGGUACAUAGACUACUGCCCCAAGGGCUGGUCCUACUACAAGCUCAGCUGCUUCAGGUACUUCAGUCAGCUCCGGAGCUGGGAUGAGGCUGAGGUAAGGCUGCCAGGUGCCCACCUGGCCUGGGUGGAGGAGCCCCGGGAGGCAGUCACCCUGCGGAGGGUCGUCUCCUACUACCAGCGCGUCCAGCCCGUCUGGCUCGGCCUCCGCUACAGGCAUGAGAGUCAGGCCUGGCAGUGGACAAGUGGGGACAAGUACAGAAUCACCAGUGGGCUGGCUGGGAACGGUGCCCAUGGGGGGACCUGUGGCAUCCUGACCNNNNUCGCAGGCUUCACCGUGUGGUCCAGCGCCGACUGCUCCCAGCAGCAUCACUUCAUCUGCAAGUUCACCCCCUCACACUGA